AUGAAUCGAUUAAAAUCAGCUGUUAGUAUAUCAUUUAUUGAUGAUAAAAAUGAUGAUAUAUCAAUAAAUAAAAUUUCUCAAAAAAAUCAUUCAUCAUCAUUACUUAAUAUUCCAUCGAAAAAUCUAUCGACUAAUAAAUUUCAUUCAUUAAAUGCAUAUUUAGAAAAACAUUCAUGUCAAUUAUGUGGUUCAAUAUUGUCGAAUGGUAUAUGUUCGUGUAUUGUUCAAUAUUUACUAAAAUUAAAUAAGACUAAAGAAAAUGAUAUACUCGUUCAACUCAAUGGCAUAUUUGAGAAUCUUACAAGUAACAAUAUAAUCACGUAA